AUGCAAGCAAUCCGCCUCCAUCCGGCUCAAGCUGGCCCCUCCUACAGCCCCUCCAACCCCGCCCCAUCAUCAGCACUCCACCUCGACACAAUCCCAAUCCCGAAACCAUCCAAGGCCGGCGACCUGCUCAUCAAAAUCAAAACAUCAACCAUAAUCCGGGACACCCUGACAUGGCCCGAAUCAUACAGCCACGACUACGCCAUCCCCGGAAACGACCUGGCAGGCACAGUCGUCGAAGUCUUCGACGAGAACUCCAAGUUCAAGCCCGGCGAUGAAGUCUUUGGCAUGCUCGCUGCUGACCGUCCAGGAGCAUGGGCAGAGUACGCCAUUGCGACAGAGACCGAAGUCUCGCUGAAACCGGGGAAAUUGACCUGGGCAGACGCUGCCGCGCUGCCCUUGAGUGGGAUGACGGCGUACGAGGCGCUUUUUGUCCAUGCCGGCGUGCCAGUUCCGGAGAGAGACGCGGCUGCGCAUAAUUCGAGGGGAUUGAAUACUAAAAAUGAGGGGAAUAAAGUCCUUAUCACAGGGGCAGGAGGUGCCGUGGGUGCAUAUAUCGUUCAACUAGCCAGACUCGCCGGACUCCAUGUAACGGCCGCGACGAGUUCGAAUGAGCGCAACGCUGAGUUUCUUCGAGAGCUUGGAGCAGAUGAUACUAUCGAAUAUGCAGUCCUGCAAACAGAAGACCACAAAGAAGCCUACGACGUCGUCAUCGACACCGUCGGAGGACAACCACUAGUGGAUGCCUGGGCCUGUAUCAAAGCAGGUGGAUCGCUGAUUACAGUCGACUCAAGCAGCUUCGAUUUCGUCGAAGAGCACACCAAACGCGGAAUUCAGCGAGAAGGGAUCAAAGCAUUGUUCUUUAUCAUAGAGGGGGGUCCUGCGAGCUUAAACGCCCUGGCCGAGUUUGCGAACUUGGGGCUACUCCGCGUGUUUGUACUAGAUUCUUACCCUCUUGCGAAAGCCCGUGAGGCGUAUGAUCGAGCGAAUGGACGGUUGACAGGCCGUGGGAAGAUUAUUCUCUCUGUAUAA